CCCCGCGCCUGCAGCGACCACAGCGCCCAUGCGGCCCGUGGCGCCGCAUCGAAACUCGCGACAAAACACUCGUGCGCUCAAAGAUGGCGGAUGGGUCGCCCGAAGACCGCGCCGGCCCGUUUCAAAUGAACAAUUUAACUUUUUCCGCGGCCAACCCGUCACAUAGUGACACAAAACAGUGUAGUGGGCAAACUUUAGAAGGUGGUAGAUUAAAGUUAUCGUUCUACACUGAACUGGAUACGAGUGAAUCGUGUGAGAAUAGUGAGACGCGCGGCGUGGUCGCCGAUCGUUCCGUGGCGACCGUAACAAGAGAUUCCCGAAAAACACCCGGUUCAAACAUCGAUGAUGGCGACGAUAGGAAGAGGCGGUGCUUUGACAGAUAUGAUAGCUCCGAAUCUUCAGACAGUGGAGUGGCGGUGCUAAGUCCUACGGAAAGCAGCGGCUGCAGCGGUAGCGACAUCACUGAGCCGCGUUCGCCGCGAAGCCCCGAGUCGGCCUGCAGCACGAGCGAAGAGAGCGCUGGCGCGCGCAUGCCACCUUGGGCGAGCGAUCCGGCGCCGCCGGGACCGCGACGCCUCGCGGCUCAACCCGCGCCCCUCCGUCGGCCAAACCCACCCAUUCAUCGCCGCAUAACAGAGUACUUCAAUCAUAAAAUGAAGCCACAGAACGGCGUCAAGCGUGAUAGUAAUUCAAUUAACAACAAUGACACCAAGAAAAAGUGCCUACCUAAAAAUGGCGUCACGCAUGAUCUCGAAAAAUAUAUUUCGUAUUUAUCACAAACGUUAAGUCCGAAAGUUCUCCUUGAUGAAACACAGAGAAAGCCAAUUAGCCAAACCACAGCAAACUGCUCUAAAAAUGAUUUUCUAAAAACAUCAUCUAAUAUGCAUGUUAAUGGCAUUAAAGAAAGUAUAAGAGCUAAGGAAACACAUAAAAUGAAUGGCUUUAUGGAAGCUCGACACGGGAUGGAAGCGUUUAAUAAAGAAAGGAACUCAGGAAGCUUUUUUAACGCAGAUAGCAAAAAACAUAAAACUACUCAAGGCCCAACCGUCAAUGUUAUGGCGAAUAUGAAUAAAGCAAAAGUUGCAAUUCCAGCUUCGAGCGAUAUAGUAGGACUACGUAUUGCUCCUGCCACGUCUAUGAACCAAUCACCAAAAAAACAAACUGUAAAACCAGACUCAACUAAACUGAAUGGGAUCGUCAGCUCUACUACCAAAUUAGAUAGUAGAAUGAAUGGAGUCACGUGUGGUUCAAACAACUUAAAUCUGGUAAAUAAAACUUCAACAAAGAAGGAGCCUUUGAGAAAAAAUACACAAACUUCUAAGAGGACGAACCGUAAAUCAUCGGCUUGUAUUGCAAAUAGUAAAAACUUAACUUGGUCUAAAGCUAAUAAUCUGAAACACGUUCAGCUUCAGAAACAAAAUUGUACAAAUUUAUUACAAAAUUCUCCCGUUAAAAAUGUUCCUGGUGAAGCGAAUACAGCACCAAAGAUGAAUGUUCCAAACGGUGUCCGACAAGUUUCUAUGACAGUUAACGGGAGUCUGGGUAAUUUAAAUGUGCCUGUAGCUAAUUUGCAAAAUUGCCAUCAAAUAAAUAUUCCACAGCCUUGCAAUGGCACAGUACAAUCACCUAAUUUAGCUUCAUUCGUUGCUGUUCCUCAAAACGUCAUGCUUACUACGUUACGGAUACCACAAAAUGGGCUACCAUCACAGACGUUGAACCAACAAGGUAAUAUAGCUACUUUUAACCGAACUAAUGUCAAUGUGACAAGUCCGAAUAAAUUAAACGGUCAAUACGUUUUUCCGCUUGUGCAGAAUAUCAACGGAACUGUGGUCCAAAUACCGAAUAUAAUGGCGAAAAUGCCCAAUUUUGUGCUACCGCAAAAUCCUCAGAUAACAACACAAAGACCAGAUCAGCAUCAUCAGCAUCUAACGAAUCAACAGGCUGCGCAAAUUCUCAUAAAUGGUACCUUACUAAAACUUGCAAAUACGAUACCUCCUACGUAUACAACUGCUAAUAAAUCUGGCCCUGCCACUAGUCAGUCUAUACCAGUAAUGAAUAAAAAUGUCACAGGAUUACAAGCUGUUGGGAUGACAGUUCAACCUAAACAAAAUUUUACUGUCAAUCUAAGCCACUCAGUUUUAGUACCUCAACCUGGAUUCAUUGUUACUUCAGUGCCAAAUAUGAAUGUCAAAGAGACGUGGAGUUAUACGAGUACAAACUCUGCACCUUCACAAACAUCGUCUUCUAAUCCAAUAGUACAUCACCCUUCCUUGGUUACUAACUAUACCGCUCAAACAUUACACUCGAGUAGUAUACCUAUAGCGCCCGUUAAACCGCCCGACAACCCGAUACAAGGUACAGAACCACCAAGCAGUACCGUAAAGGAAUCUGAAAUAAGCGAACUAACAAACCAAAAGUGUGAUAUACCUUGGCUGUCUAAAACUGUUAAUAAUAACAUAUUUCCACUAGAUUCUAAUAAAAUAUCUUCGAGGCCUUUUGCACAAGUUAGUAGUUGUUCAGCUAAUCUUGAAGAGCUUGCAACAGUAUCGAAAGUAGAGAAAAGGAUUGACAUUCUGAAUAAUGCAUCUAAAGAGGACAUGGUUGAAGAAUUAAGAAAAGUAGAAGCAGUUGCAAGAAGAGAGGAGACACUUUUUACUCAAAUAACCGUUCUAAAAGACGUUUCAUCGAAUGUUCAAAAUACUCUGUUAGAAGCUAAUUUUUGUAGUGCUACCACAGAGUCAUCAGAAUCAGGGAUAGGAACUGAUAAGUCCGUUGCUUCCCCAAGUGAUUCGCAAACUAGUAAGGAGUGUGAUGACGAUUCUUCGUUAUCUCUUAGUGUCAGCGUGAGCUCAGUUGAAGCAACAAGUAGCCAGAAAAGUCCGAUUUUAAAGCAACCUAAAAUACUGCGAUUUCCACCAAGAAGUCUUAUAAAGCCUGAAAGUAACAAAAGGAAGUCUAGUACAGAUACGACAAAUACGACGGUUUGUCUAUGGGAAAAUUGCAAAAUGGAAUUAGAGAGCGAUACGGAUCUUUUAGAGCAUUUACAGUCUGUCCACGUGGAGUCACAAGCGGGCAGAGAAAAUUACGUAUGUUUGUGGGAGCAGUGUAAAGUUCGAGGCAAGCCAUCGUGUUCGAGGCUGUGGCUGGAGCGACAUACGUUAUCCCACGGCGGCAAUAAGCCCUUCAAGUGCAUCGUCGAUGGCUGUGACAGAAGAUUCUCCACGCAGAUAUUGCUGGAACGUCACGUGAACAACCACUUCAACGAAACAUCGCCCAACACCGGCAGCGGGAAAAAAGCAACGGACAGCUCCUCGAAACUAAUACGACGCAAUGGAAAGAAAUUGCGAUAUCGAAGACAGCCUUGGUCUGCGCGCAUGUUCGACUUCUUCGACGCGGGCAUGAUGGAGGGCCUGGCGUGGCGCCUGUCGCGCAGCACGCGCUGGCGGCUGGGCGGCGCGUGCCCGCUGCGCGAGCCGGCCGGCCGCCACACGCUCACGCUGCACGCCGCGCUGGCCGCCACGCGCUACAACGCGGCCGAGGCGCGGCGCGAGGCGCUCGUCACCUACUACCCGCCGCACGUGCUCGAGGACGAGUGGGUGCCGGAGCACGAGGUGCAGCGCGUGAAGCGCGUGGAGAUAUCGUCGCUGCCGGCGCACACCAAGGUGCAGCUGUACGAGCAGUUCUGCCGCUCGUACCGCGCCGCGCCGUCGCCGCCCCCCGCGCGCCGCGCGCCCGCCGCGCCCGUGCGCCUGCUGCCCGCGCGCCACUGCACGUCGGCGCGCCUGCUCAGCAACCUCAUCGCCAAGCAGCGGCGCGAGCGCAGCGACUGCAGCGCCACCAACCUGCCCAUGCGCCUCGACGACGACGAGCGCGCCGCGCGCGCGCCCAGCGGCGCCCGCAAGCGCAAGCUGGGCCGCCCCUACGGCGCCAACGCCUUCUCGCCCUGCGGCCGGUAGGGCGCCGGGCGGCCGAAGUCUGAGUAGUCUAAGUUAGGUUAGGACGUGGACGACCAGCAUCACUGCCAAGUGUAAAUAGUUAGUAUCGUAAUGUCGGAUCGUAAGUAUUUUAUUUUCGGGGCUUGGAUGUUUUUGAUUUCGAAUCGAAGUUCGGGGCGACGCUUCCGCUUCCCGAGGUGCCAACUUUACAAGGUCAUCGAUGUUCGGUUAAGCUCGAUCGAGUAUCACCAAGUGCCUCUACGUAGCGCAUCGUACCGUAGCCGUGUUCAAUUUAUAUCAGGUUUACCCGUAGUCAUAUCAACUCGCAGAUAGUUUUAGGGUUCCAUUUUGAUGACGUUUUUAAUCGUGUUCAGCAAAUGAGAUUCCUUUUUUCUAUUCGACAGAGUCGCCAGCUGUCUGACGUUAACUCGGUGCCGCCUCACAUUCGAAUACUCGUACGUUGAUCGUGUUCACAUCUAAGACUUUUCUAUUAAGGUCUUUUGACUAAAAAUAUUUUAAAUGUUCGUUGUGUAUCCGAGUGUGACGCGACAGUCAUUCCACUGCCAUCGAUGUUGUGUUUAGUUUAAUAAUAUACGAACUUUGCAUCGACGAUUUUACCGUUAGCAAUAAAAUAUUUGUGAUAAGAAUAGAUAAUUGACAGAUAUUAUUUUCCGCGCACAAGUUUUUUAGCAGUUUUGUAAAAGUAAUUAUUGAGUAAUAAUCUAGACAUGUUAGUCUAAGGGUGUGGGUUCAAAGAAGCGAUCCGAAUAGUGCUGAUAAGUUCAAAGCAUUUAAAUGGCAAUAAUGAUGUAUUUUUUAUCAUAUUAUAAAAAUAAUUUUACGCAACGAUUUAUUGUAUUUUUUUUUAAUUCGGACAAUUUUAUGAUUUCUGACAUAAUUAGAUACAAUAAGAAUUUAAUGACAUGAAAUUUGUUACUUUAAUCGCCUUACAAUUUAUAAUAUGACACUGAGAAAGAAAGAAAAAAUAUAUAAUUUAGUUUAAAUUUUUAAUACAAUUUAUUUUAUUUUAAUAAUUAUCAAAAAGACAGUAAACAGAACAAAUCUCAUAUUUUUUUCUUUGUUUCCGAUAUUCAUAAAUCUUAGAAAAUGUUUUGUAUCGUAUUGGUUGUAAAGCAAUUUGUUUUAUUCCACUGACGUUCAAUUGCAUUUUAAUAACGAAAAAAAAAUCUUUAAACAUAGAACAUCGCUAGAUGUAGAGAGUCAGAACGUGAUAUAUUAUAAACACCAAUUUACAAUGGAUGUGUUAACAUUAAGCAAUAAAUAACUUAAUUAAAUAUAAUUAUUAGUAAAAUUGGAUAGUCUCCAUAAAACAAAUUGCUUUAAUAAUAUAGUAAUGGCAAUGACGAAGUCGAUGAUUAAAUGUCCAUAGCAGAAUUCGUAGACGGAAUUAGAUUUUAAUCUUUUUGGAUGGCCCUAUACAGAAGACAAUGCCUUUUUAGCCGUAAGGUGUUAUACAAUUGAAUGUUAAAUAAAAUUAAAAAAUAUUGUGUUCUGUGCUCACGCGAUCUCGCUAGUAUUUUUAGUUAGUGCCUGUAGACUAAGUUAGGACGAAUUGUGUGCACGCGGGACGGGGCGUGUAUCGCCGUCCCUCUCUGACAUUUGCUUCAGCAAUAUGUACGAGGGGGACAGGUAUAUCGUUCUAGGUUCAUUUUGUUAGUGUAGCGCCUUCUAGCGUUAUGUGUAAAUUGAAUGGAGCCGGCGUGAUGUUAAGAGGUGUACUAUAUUGAAUGUCGUCGGUAUGUUUGAGGUACUUCACUAUUUGGUUUGAUAAAAUUCUUGUGGUGGAUUUUAUACUUUUUAUCUCUUAAGUCUCAGGCGUUUUAGUACUGAAAAUAAAUCGAAUGAUUAAUAAAUAAUUGAAUAGUAAAGUACUUCAUAACAAUCCGACUUGUAAAUGAAUUUGUAAAGUCGAUGUAAUCUAAUAGAAAAAUGUAACUUGAGUACGUUCGGUAUUGCAGAAGUGAGCCGACCUCGUCCCAACCGGCGAGUGAGACGGCAGUAUGCAAUUCUGAACUUAUUCCUAGUAGGUAUGGACCCAAAGAAGUGUUAGGAAAAUUUCUCAAAGUAGUCAAGUUGGUGCCUGAUUGUCGGUGAGGUUUCGUAAUAUUACUUACAGAUAGAUACUAUUUGGAAUGCUUCCAAUGUACUGAUUAUUUUUUUUAUAAUAAAUUAAAACGAAACUAGACUAAUUAUUUGUUUCUGCACUGAUAGUAGUGCCAUAUUUUAUUGGCUCACUUUUUUAAAUUAAUUUAAUAGUUAAAUUUGACACCAAAUUCAGUGAGAUGAAAUUAUAGUUAUUCCUUUUUGUAUCCGUAUAAUUUUGUGGACUUGAUUUGAUCUCAAAUAAAUCGGCAGUGAAAAGGAAAUUUUGUAUGUACAUCUUGGGUGAGGAGACAGGGUCGCAGUUUAGUUAAAAUUAACAAAAUGUUAUAUAUUUUGUAAAAUAUCCAAAUAUCCAAAAGCAACAAUUUGAAAUCUGAAAUGAAUCGUCUAAAUAUAUUUUAUUUUUAAACGUAGAAAUUCGGUAACCCUGGACUCGACGCUGUCUUCUUACACUUCGAUGUAGCUCGAUCGGUUUAUCUUGAUACUUUACGACGAAGAGCGUAAACCAUUUGGCCUAUAAAAGCUUGAGUACAAAUAUAAUUUUUGCUUAUAUCUUAAGAAUCGGCGGUUAUUUUAGUGUUUGGAGACAUUUUUAAAAUUAACUGAUAAUAAUUAAUUAUCGUUCUUAGAUUAGAUUAGCCGUUCGAAAUGUUAGGCAGAGAAAUAUUUUGUGAUCGUGAACAUUGCCGAUGAUGGCAACUAAAUUAUAUUAAAUGAAACAUUAAUGAUAUGCGGAUAGAAAACGAUAUAUUUUUAUCACUGCCACAAUAGUCAUAGAGGAUCGAGUCGUGCGAGAGUUUAGUUCGGCGUAUAGGAGGGCGAGUGCCUUCUACUAGACUUGCUCAGCAAAAUAAGAUGUAAUUUAAGUUAAAUAUAAUUUUAAUCUCCGCGGCGAAGUUUAUCGCUGAUUCGAUGAACAAAGUAUUUUCGGGGAACAAAUGUAGUUUUCCUAAACCGACUGUGACUGAUUCGCAUUUCGUUAUAACUCCGGAGUGUCCGAUAGCGAUGUGAAGGCGUGAACCACAUUACGGCUGCGACAACACGCAUGUACAAAACGUGUAAAGCUUGACCAGAAACAGAUGGCGCCACUAGGCUAAUUAGGAACGGGAUUGUAGAAAAUGGUAGUUGAAUUCUCGCGAUUUUUGGUCAGGUUUUACGAUGAUUGUAAAUAGUUAAGUAAUUUAUUGCUAAGUAUUAUACGGCAGAGGUAAUUUGCUUCGCGCCUGGGUGAGGUCGAUCCCGGGACGGUCCCGGGGUUCCGGGAUCGUGUCGGGGUCGCGGUGAUUAGUGUAGCGUUCGCGAGUUGUCUUUCAACAUGUUUCCUAUAUGCGUUGCGUUUAUGAAUGUUCUCCUUUAUUGUAAAUGUUUGGAAUCCAAUAGUACUAUGUGGAGCCUGUAUCCCGAAUAGUGUGCACUACGUAUAUUCAAUUUGUAGAUAUUUAAUUAUAUAUAGUAUAAUGUUUAACGCAUUCUUAUUUGCUUUGACCCUGGAUGGUGGAAUCCGAAAGUUAUAUUAUUUGACCCACGCGGUGGGGUAUCUACCUCAAUUAAUUUAUCACACAUUUGGGCAUAAUAAUAGUGGAUGUUAUGUUAAUCUCGAACCUUGGAAUUCUUUCAAUUUAGUAAUUGUAAGAUUUUUUUUAUAUACGAUGAUUUGUCCACAUGUCACAAGUACUGUAUCUUAUAUUAAAUACAUAUUGUAUGAUUGAUUA